GAAGCUGCUUUCGUCCGCCAAGGACACGCGCACUUGCGCGCCCGGUGCUGUCCCUUUCGCCUCCUGCGCGCACCGCCCUGUGGGGAAAGGUGGUUUGGUUUUAUAGAAACCCUCUGCUUUAAGAAGUUGAAAUCUUGUGGUUAAGCUGAUUGCAAGAGAUUGAUUUAAAUACAGAUUCUAGAAACUGUAAGGUAUUCUGCACAUGAAGUUAAAUACCCUGUGGGAUUUGCUUGUAUUCUUGUAUGUGUGGAGAUGAACAUCUGUGGAAUGACAGCCUAACAACGUCCUACUGAUGUUAGAAAGGCAACCUCUGAGACUCCCUUUGAGAAGAGGCGGAAGCCUCCUUUGGCCGAGAUGUCACGGCACCACAGCCGGUUUGAAAGAGAUUAUCGUACAGGAUGGGACCGCCGGGAGUGGAGCACCAAUGGGAACCACGUGAACAGCAGUAACUGUAACAGCACAGUAAACAGCAACAACAGACCGGGGCUUCUGCCUGUGCCUGUUGUACCCUCACGACUACAUGUUCCGGCCACAGUUGCUUGUACCACAGUGAACAGUGAUGUGAUAACCACUCUUGUGACCAACUCUUCUGCAGCUGCAACAACCAAAACACCUUGCAUUUCCAAGACAGAGAAUCAGCCACAAGGAUUAGCAACCAGCGUCAGGUGGGGACAGACACCCAUCAAUCAGUCUACACCCUGGGACACAGAUGAACCACCAUCCAAACGGAUGAGGGAGACUGAAAACCCAGGUACAGCUCCAUGGGUUACAACAGUUGCCGCAGGUAGCCAGCCAACUCUUAUAACUCAUUCUUAUGGGAUGACUCAACCUCCGACCUUCAGCCCAGCAGUGAACGUCCAAGCCCCUGUCAUUGGAGUUACACCCUCACUCCCUCCACAUGUUACCCCCCAGCUUCCAUUAAUGCCAGCUCAUUACCAGCUUCAGCAGCAGCCUUCACAGCCUCUGAGUAAUAUGGUUGUGAACCUGCAAAGCCAGCCUUUGUACACUAACAGCCAGUCCAUUGCAAUGUCUUCUAUGACUGGGGUUGGUCAGGUGACUCACCCAGGCCACAGUGCGGUAGGGAAUGGUCAUAUGACUUGUCCUAUCCUGCCUCCACCGCCACCUGCCUUGCCUUCUGCUGCGCUACCUAAUAGUGUUCCAGCUACCAAUGGGCAGGCCGCUCCUCAGCUCCCUCCUAACCAGACGGGCAGUCAGGACAACACAAAUGGGGUACAGAUGCUACGGACUGUUGGUGUGGGAAAGUACGAGUUCACAGAUCCUUGGCAUCCAAAAGAAAUGUUGAAGGAGUUGAACCAGCAACGCAGAGUGAAAGAGUUUACAGACCUGAAAAUUAUUGUUGAAGGCAAAGAGUUUGAAGUCCACCAAAAUGUUCUAGCUUCCUGCAGCUUGUAUUUCAAGGACCUGAUUAAAAGGUCACCCCGGGACAGUAGCAGAAGCAGUGAGAAGCUGGAGUUGGAAUUAUCAAAUCUCACAGCGGACGUCCUGGAGUUACUGCUGGAGUUUGUUUACACAGGUUCCUUAGUAAUAGAUUCCAUCAACGCCAAAACCCUUCUGGAGGCUGCCAGCAAGUUCCAGUUUCAUACAUUCUGCAAAGUCUGUGUGUCAUUUCUAGAAAAACAGUUGACUGCUAGCAACUGCUUAGGAAUAUUAGCCAUGGCUGAAGCAAUGCAAUGCAGUGAGCUUUACAACAUGGCAAAGGCCUACGCCCUGCAGAUUUUUCCAGAGGUGGCAAAUCAAGAGGAGAUUCUUAAUAUCUCAAAAGAUGACUUCAUUUCCUAUAUGUCCAAUGACAGCCUGAACACAAAAACGGAAGAACUGGUUUAUGAGACGGUGAUAAAGUGGAUUAAAAAAGACGCUGCAAUCAGAACUCAGUAUGCUGCUGAGUUGCUGGCAGUGGUCCGCCUACCCUUCAUCCAUCCCAGUUAUCUUCUAAACAUUGUUGACAAUGAGGAAUUGAUAAAGUCUUCAGAGGCCUGCCGGGAUCUAGUGAAUGAAGCAAAGCGUUAUCACAUGCUGCCGCACGCCCGACAGGAGAUGCAGACUCCAAGAACCCGGCCCAGGCUAUCAGCAGGUGUGGCUGAAGUAAUAGUUCUAGUUGGAGGACGUCAAAUGAUUGGGAUGAAUCAACGAGCCUUAACAGGAGUAACCUGCUUCAAUCCUCAGAGCAACAAAUGGUACCCACUGGCCAGCCUGCCUUUCUAUGAUCGGGAGUUUUUUAGUGUGGUGAGCGCUGGAGAUAACAUCUAUCUCUCAGGUGGCAUGGAGUCUGGAGUCACACUCUCCGAUGUCUGGUGUUACAUGUCGCUACUUGAUAACUGGAAUCUCGUUUCCCGAAUGACAGUACCCAGGUGUCGGCACAACAGCCUGGUGUAUGAUGGGAAAAUUUAUACCAUUGGAGGCCUUGGAGUGGCAGGCAACGUUGAUCAUGUGGAGAGGUAUGACACAAUCACCAAUCAAUGGGAGACGGUCGCUCCUUUGCCAAAGGCCGUGCAUUCUGCAGCUGCCACCGUUUGUGGUGGGAAGAUCUAUGUGUUUGGCGGAGUAAAUGAAGCUGGCCGUGCUGCUGGAGUCCUGCAGUCAUAUGUCCCUCAGACUAAUGCAUGGAGUUUUAUAGAGUCUCCCAUGAUAGAUAACAAAUAUGCUCCUGCAGUCACUCUCAAUGGUUUCAUCUUUAUUCUUGGAGGAGCUUAUGCACGAGCGACCACCAUCUAUGACCCAGAAAAAGGCAAUAUUAAAGCAGGCCCCAACAUGAACCACUCCAGGCAGUUCUGCAGUGCGGUGGUUCUGGAUGGAAAAAUUUAUGCCACUGGUGGAAUUGUCAGUAGCGAAGGCCCUGCUCUGGGAAACAUGGAAGCCUAUGAUCCCAAGACAAACACCUGGACGCUUCUACCCAACAUGCCAUGUCCUGUGUUCCGACAUGGCUGCGUAGUAAUUAAAAAGUACAUUCAGAGUGGUUGAUGCCAACAAAGACUUGGAUGUCCAACUGGCUGUUGGCUGCUGAAAGCAGACAAGAAAAAGAAACUGUCCUACAGAGAAAAAUCAAGGAAAUGCAACCGGCAAACAUCGUCUCUAAAAUUAUGAAAAAUCUCUACAUUGAUUGUAGAAAUUCAUCCUCACCUUUUGGUGAGCAAGAAGAGAGCUCCAUGCUAUGUACGAUGCAGUGUGACAUAACUCGUGUGCCACUAGAUGUCACAGUGGCACUUAUUGCAGCCACAGGGUUUUGGUCUACCAGGCGCAAUAGCAUUUCCCGUAUGUUAUUUAAUGGGGUUGGCUAUAAUCCUAGAGAGCAAACUCGGUUCUUAAAACAACUGUGCCCAUUAGGUUUUGCUAUUACAUGUUAAGCAUUGGGCUAUUUGAAAUGAAGGUCAAAGUGUCCUUACCACUUUGAUCGCUACGUUUUUGUUUUAAACCAACAUAUCAAUGACCGAGAGAGGACUUAUGUGACAGACUGCAAAGAUUGAGGUCAGUCUUCCAUCAGAACAAAUGUUUAUUAUGGCUCCUUAGAGCAGAGCUAAUAAAGGAUAGAAGUGUGUCUGUCUGUCUACUAGCAUUCCAUGUCCUUUUAAUGAAAAGGUUUUCUGAAAUUGUAUGCCAAUGUGAAGGUGUGGUCGUGAGGAGGGCUUUUCUGCCUCUCUACUGUUUUUCUACUGUAUGAACAAAAUGACAGCUAAAUUUCUGUAAAGCAAGAGGCAUCUAGGAGCUUUUAUUAAACUUUUAUUUAUCUAUUCAAAGUUUAGAAUGAAAAUUCUGUGUUGGAUUUCCAUAUUUUGAGCCAGUUAUUUAAGGCAAUGCCUUGUGUUGGGGGUGGAGAUCACCACUGAAUGAAAGUCCACUAGCCAGGAUAAAUGCCACCGUCUAUAUUUUUGUCAGAUGAAUCAAGAUGAUCCUAUCUAUUUUUUCAAACUCACUCUGCUCCUUCCCUUUCCCAAAGGGAAGGGGGGAGAGUCUUAAAGAAGCCCUCUCAAGUGGCUUCAGUGGCUGCUUUUCCUAGAAUAAAACGCUCUUGCAGCUUCUCAUUACACAGGUUUAACAACGAUAAUUGAAAAUGCAUCAGGCUAUAUCCUAUUUUAGAGAGAGGGUGUGGGGAAAUGGUUGUUCUGUAGAGUUGUAAGUAUAUACACAGCAGGGCUAUAUUUUUAUAUGUAUAUUAAAAUAUUGUAUAUUCAGAGAAGCAUUGUGAUGUGGACAUUUCUUUAUAAAACUGUAAAUGGAGCAGAUGAGAUGGAAGAAAGCUGGGACAACAGGGUUGCACUACAAAUAGCAAACAUAUCUUAUGAUUAACCCUGAGCCAUGGAGCUAUUGAUUUUCUUUGCAGCAGCCAGGAAGAAACAGACACACCUGUCUUUGACCUUUCACUGAACUUCAUCAUGGCCAAUAGGAAAAAAAAACUUACUCCAUCAGAAAUACAGUGUGCCAGAUACUAGAAUCACAGAGCAAAAUCCUAACUUAAUUCGUCUUUGACACUGAAAUCAAUUACAUCAGGAUUUCACUCAGAAGGGCUGUGAUCUAUUAAGUCACUUGCAACUUAAUGGGCACAGAUGUUGUACCCUCCACAAGUUACUGAAAAAAAGCAUCUCUUGGUUACACUUGGGCUACUCGCCCCAUGGCACAGCGUUGCUUUAUAAGUUUUCCUGCUUCAGGCUAUUGACUGAUGCUAGUAGGGGCAAGGAAACUCACAAUGUGGUAAUGUCCGAACAUUACAAGAACGAGGGGAGAGGAUGCUGUUUGCAGGAACAUCCCAAUGGCAGGUGCAACAUUUGUUCUCACUCUUGCUUUAAAGCAAACCCCAUUGAUUUCAGUGGUCUUUUCCCACAAACAGUGUAGUUAGAAUCACAGCCUUACUCUGACUUACUAGCCAAUGGCUAGUUGAUUUUGAUACCAAUUAAAUUUUGGUUUUUGGUUUUUAAAUUGGAAAGUUUUGAAUAAACAUACUACAGCUGGCUGGCCAAUUUAUACAAAGCAAAUGUUAAUAUGAAAUUUGUAUCUUGCCAUAUUUCAAAAGAAAUGCUCACUUAGGCAGCAAUCUAUAAGAUGACUAAAAUCUCUCACAUAGACAGUAAUGUUCUAACUUAUUACGCAGUUUUGUCUUAUUCUCUGAAGGAAAAAAAAGUCAUGCAAAGUAUUGUCAACCAUGGUGUGCACCUGAAAGAUUGGCACACAAGUUCCUCACUGCCUGGGGCAGGUUGAUUUUUAGCAUUGGUGUGUCUUCCUCCAAAGGAGGUGCUAGCUUGUAAGCCUUGCUAAGCAUUUCAACAUCUCCAAAUUUAUCUUAUUUCUUCUUUUCUCACACUGCAGCAAAUUUGGCUAUUUCUGUGAAUAGUAAUAACACAGGGUUUUCUGUAAUGA